AUGGAAGAGAAAAUUAAAUUAUACAUAAAUGAUUUAAACUUUUUAGAAUUAUGUUAUUUAAUAGAUAAGGAAAAAUUAAAAAUUGAUACUAUAGCUGAAUGUAUAUGUUCUAAUAAUCUAUUAAUUAUUUCGAAAGUAUUAGAGAAAUGUGAAAAUCAUAAUUUAAAAAAAAAUAUAUUGGAAGAAUUAGAUAAUGAAAUUGUAAAGAAGGAUAAUAUAAAGAUUUUUUUAUAUAUAAAAAAUUAUGUCUUUCUUUUAUAUAAAAUCCUUCUUCUUUUUGAUAAAAUUAAUUUAGAAGUAAAUAAAAAGUUAUGUGAAUUUUUUCUUAUAUAUUCAUUAAAACUAAUUAUUUUUUAUAACGAAAAAGAAUUCAUAAAAAGUAUUCUUAUUGAUUUGAUUAUUAAUUUAGACUGUAAAAAAGAUACUUACGAUAAAUUAUUUUUAGGUAAACUUCAAAAAAACUUAUAUGACUUUUAUUGUUUCAUUUAUUUACCUAAUUUUAUUUUUUUAAAUUCUCUGUUAAUUUAUUUAUAUGCUAAUGUAAAAUAUGAUUUAAAUGAAAAUUUAAAAAAUGAAACAGUGCAACAAAUCUCAUUUGCUUUAAAAGAAAUUAAUAAUUUUUUUGAAAAUUUAGUCUGUAAAAAUAAGCAUAUAGAAGAAAUAAAUAACUUUCAAAAUUCGGAACAAUUUUUACAUAUGAACUGUUCUAACAGUGAUUUUUUAUUUGAUAGAGAAUGCUUAUAUGAUACCAUUAAUAAAACAAAUAUAAAAAUAAUUUAUAAAAAAUGCAACUUUUCUCUUUUGUACAGUUAUAUUCAAUUUUCAUUUAAUACAAAUAAAUAUUCAUUAGAUAAAAAUGAAUAUGAUAAAAAUUACAAUUUCAGAAAUAUAAACAUAAAUAACUUUCUGUUGUUACUUAAAAUUUUAUCUCCACAUUUUUUAUUAUGGGUAUCUAAAAUGGAAAACCAACAGGAAAAUGAAAAAAGAGAAGAUAAUAAUAUACAAAGUAUGAUUCCAAAAAAUGAAAAAACAGAUUAUUACUGUUUUAACUAUAUAUACAUAAUUAAUGAUUUUGAAGUUAACUAUCUUAGAGAGGCUAAUGAUUGCUUUUUUUUCUUUUUUUUUUCUUUGUUAUCCUUAAAUAAAAUCAAUAAAAAUUUGAAUGAAGACAUAGAUACUUUAAUGAAUAAUAUAAUAUAUAAUUAUCGUUCUUUUUUUGAACAAAGGUAUAGUUUUUUAGUGGAAUCAGAACCAAUUUUAUCUCGGAAGGUGAAGAAAAACAAUAAAAUAGUAAUUAUGGAAAUUACAAAUGUAGAUAAAAAGGCAAAUAAUGAAAAUGAAAGCUUGUGUGAAAGAAAAACAAAUCCUAACGAAAUAGAACAAGAAAUAAAUAAAAAUUAUGAAUUUUUUUGCAAAACUACUUCGGAUAUUUUACUUAAAAACUCCAAUCAAAUAUCUAUAAAAUUAAAAAGUUUAAUAAUAUGGGGAUAUCUAUAUUUUGAUGAUAUGGACGAAUUAAAUUUUUUUAAUUUAGUAAAUAUAUUUAUUUUUAAUGACAAGUUUACUUAUAAUAAAAGUGAAGAUAUAAAUGAAUUUUUAUAUAAAAAAAAUGACUUCUUUAUUUAUAAUUAUAAAGUUUUCAAAAACAGCUAUGAAUACAAGACUCUAAGUUUUAAGUAUAUGGAUACAUUUUCAAAUUAUAUUUCCUUUUUUAUUCUUAAUGUUAUUAUUAUAUUAGCUAAAAUUUACUUGUAUUCCAAUUUUACUCAAUUUGAGAAAAAAUUGGAGUGUAUUAAAAAAGAUUAUAAUGAAAAUGAAGAAGAAAUACAAAUAGUUAAUAAUCAUAAAAAUAUAAACUAUUUAGAUAAAAUAAUUAAUAAAGAAUAUAAAAAUAAAAUUAAAAAUUAUACAGAAAAUAGUAUAAAAAACAAUAUGAAAAAUUAUUUGAAAAGUAAUAUAAAAAUAGACAUAAAAGAUAAUAUAGAAGAUGAGAAAAUUAAAAUAAGUGAAGAUAUUAUUUCAGAUGAAACGAAAAAAAAUUUAAAUAAACUUUGUAAUGAUAUCAUGAAUUCAUAUUUUCAUUUUAAGGUUCAUUCUACUAAUGAAAAAAUAGAAAUUUUUUUUAAUGAAUUACUAUUUAUUUGUUUUAAAUUAAUUAAUUACCCUUUUAAAAAUGUUCAAAAAAUGUGUUUGUCUUCUAUUUCCUUGAUGAUAUCUAAGAUUAAUAUUCGUAAUUAUUUUAAUUACAUUAACAAAAAAGUGGAAGUAUUAAUUACUUUUAUAGAUGAUAAGUUUUAUGAUCAAAAUGAAGUUAUUAAAAACUAUAUUAAUAUAAAAUGUAAAGUUACAAAAUAUAUGAAUUUAAAUUUCAUUAAAUCAGUAGAAUAUUUAAUUCAUAUAUGCUUCUUAAAAGUAUCCAAUAGAGCAUUGUGCUCAAUAAUUGCCAAACAUAUUUUAGCAUGUUUUCAUUAUCAUCCCCAUUUAUUUUCUUUUGUUUUAUAUAAAUAUCUUAAUAUCAUUUUUUAUUUAAUGGAAACUAACAAUAUUAAUUUUAUAAUAAAUUCAUUGAAAUGUCUAUUUAUAUUAUAUAAAAUAAAUUCAAAAGAAAUGAAAAUUUACAGCAGUGAUAUAGUAUAUAGAUUACAUUUACUAUUUAAUAUAUUUUACGAAAAUAAUUUAAAUUUAUGUGAUAAUAAUACUUCUAAGUUUAAUGAAAAUUCAAUAAAUAAUUAUGAUGUUAAUUCUAAUAAUAUAAUAUCCUUUUUAAAGAAUUAUUUUUUUAAUGUUUCUCAAGUAGAAAAAAGUAAAAAGGAAAUGCUACUACACAUUAAGCUGAUAUUAUAUUGCAUAUAUAAUACUUGUUCUAAAAGUGAAUAUCUUAAAUUAAUUCAUAUUUUUUCAAAAUAUCCAGAACAAUUUAAAGAUUAUUCUAAAAAAUUUCAAGUUUUUUCAUCUUUUUGGUAA